AUGUCUGACUAUGGUGACGAGGGCGGCUACGGCCAAGAUGAACCUGAUGAUACCUUCUACGAGCCAGAAGAGGUUGCGGAGGACUUUGCGCCAGACGGUGAGGUAGACGAGGAUGAAAUCGAGGCUCGAGCCGCCGCGGAAAACGGUGAGGACAAGGUGGUGGUCUCGGGCGAUCCAAAUCAGGUUCAAAAACCUUCCAGCGAUGCCGACAAGAAGAUUCCUGAUGACAAGCGAACAACCACUCCUUACUUGACUAAGUAUGAGCGGGCCAGAGUCCUUGGAACUAGAGCUUUGCAGCUCAGCAUGAACGCUCCGUCUCUUGUGGACCUCGAGGGCGAAACUGAUCCUCUUCAAAUCGCAAUCAAGGAACUGAACCAAAAAAAGAUACCACUGAUCAUCAGACGAUACCUCCCAGAUGGAUGGUAUGAAGAUUGGACUGUUGAGGAACUAUUGUGA